CUACGGAGGAUGAAAACGUGAAUUUGGGCCUGGUGGUUAACCUUUUUGGGGAGCUCGCCUUCCCCCGUUCUCCUUAUCCCAAUGCCUACUACAGUCGUGUCUUUUCACCCCCAGGCAUUGAAUCGAGCAAUAACCUACUCACAACCUCUCGUUGCGUUAUGGCGGCAAAUAUUGAUCUUGGGGUCUUGGAGGAUCCCGAUAUUCCCCAGUGUCAAGUAGAUGUUCUCCGCAUCUUGGAUGCAGCUUUGAACUCGAGCGGCGAUCCUGCGACGGCGGCGGCCAAGCUGGCCGACGACCUGCGGCAAUUCUUCAUCUCGAGCGAGUCGCAAAAUACUGCCUCUACAUUGCUCUGGAAUCUCUGGAUGGUCCUCCUGGAAGCGGUGAUGAUGGUGCCCGUCGGACAUCCAUGGCACGCUGCACUCGUCGCCGCCGUCAAGGGAUUGCGGUCUCCGGGCGGGCCGGUGGUCGAACUUGAGGGCUGCACGCUACAGUGGGCCGACUUGCCUCAUCUGAGCGAGUACCUCUUCGACAAAUGGGCGGAUCCCACAGACCCGGACGACGACGACUACGAUCCCGAGGACCUGGAAGCGUGGAAAAGCUUCAACUCCUUUGCGUCCCAGCUCUUGAGCGACGACCUUCCGCGCUGGAUCGUGCUGCCCUAUUGGGUGAUAAGGGCGGCCCUGGAGACGCCGCUGCCACAGGACCCAGAUGUCUUCGAGUGCAGGCUCUGGGUUGCGACUGAGUGGCUGACGCGAUGCGGCCAGCUCGUGCGCAGAGAGAUGGGUUCCACGGAACCCCUGAGCGAGCAGUCGCGGGCCUCGAUCGCACCCGGCCCGCUGUGCGAGGGCGUUCCCCCGCUGGGCCCUGAGCGAUGGGAGUUCUGGCGAUCGAGGCUGAUCGAACUCGCCAGCGCGCAGCCUCCAGCAGGGGAGGACGGCGCGGGGGAAGACGGCGUGGGGGAGGACGGCACGGGGCAGCAGCCUGUGCCCAGUGGUGAAUCCCUCGACCGCAUCGCACAGGCGAUCGCUGUGAUGGACGCGGCGAGCAAUGACACCCAAGGGCUAGGACGAUGUAGGGAUGAUGGAAUCAUGGGAUCAAUAAUGUAGCGGUAGGCGAUAGGCGAUGUACCUAUGUACG